AUGACUCGUGAGGAGGAGGAAGAGGAGCUGACCCCAGCUGAGCCCUCUAAAGAGGUGGACGUCUUCACCUCGGUGCGAUGUCUCGGCUAUCUCUCCAGCAUCAAUCUCCUGGUGGCAGUGUGCGUCGGCAUGUACGUGCGAUGGGAGGUCACCAGUGAGCCCAUGAUUUUGGUCAUCUUCAUUUUAGGACUAUUUGUAAUGGGUAUAGCCAGCAUCUUCCAUUACUACUUUGGAAUGGAGAAAGCCAGCCUCAGUUUGUUCCAUCUUUGGGGCGGCUUCCUUCUCGGACUUUUGUGCUUCCUCAACAGCCCUGCGUUGGAUUCAAACAUAAAGGAAAUUGUUGCCAACUAUUUACUAUUGACAUGUGUUGUGAUGAAAGCAGUGUGGGCUAUGACUGAGCGAAUAUGUAACUCGGUGCAUUACAAACCAGCCUUACUCACGUCCACUGAAUUCCUUGAGCUUCUGGGAUUUGCCAUUGCCAGCACCACAAUGCUCCUCCACAAGUCUGCAGCUAUAGUUGGCUUGGUGGUUGCCCUUGGAGCUCUCAUCGUGGACCUGAGGAUGAAGUCACUGCUUGCCUUGCCUAAUCUGGUCACAUUUGCAUUGAUUACCUCUCUAGUAUUCUUUCGGGCCUUGGACAUUGCUGCCAACCCAUUUGCAUUAGGGUGCUAUUUGGGCCGGUUGCUGUGCGAGCCCGUACUGGACGUGUAUUUCAGUGGGUUGGGACCUAAUGAGCGCUGGAUGCCUGUGCUAUCACUGGGGAGAGUGUGGAGACGUCUCUCCUUGCUGCCUCUCGGUGUCAUUGAGAUAUCUUAUUUCGUCCUGGGUGCAUUAAAGCUGGGAUACCUGGAACAGUGGUAUCUGGUCAUCCCUGGGUUUUGCCUUUUUGGCCUUUUCUGGUCAAUCUGCCAUAUUAUUCUCGUAAUCACAAUCUGGGGCUUCCACACCAAACUCAGUGACUGUCAGAGGGCCUGGAAGGCGCAAAGAACCGGGACUAGAAGCCUGGACCAAGUCAUGGCUUCCAGAGGAAUUCGACACUUCUGUCUCAUCUCCGAGAGACUGGUCUUCUUCACCAUACUAUCCACAGUUAUACUUGGAGCUGUGUCCUGGCAGCAGACCAAUGGGCUUUUCCUCAGCGCUCUUCUGGUGGUGCUCCCUCUGGAAUCGCUGACCCAUGCCUUAUUUUACGAACUGGGAAGCUGUUUGGGUGGAACAUGUGUGGGCUAUGCUCUGGUCGUGCCAACGGCGUACUCCAGUGCGGACGGUCAGCCUGCUCUGUUGCCUCCAGACCAAGUGCAGCAGUUGAAUGUCCGAGCCACAGGGAUGCUCAACAGUAUCCAGCGCCUCUUCUCCCUCCACAUGGUGCAGACGUUCGGCUGUGACUAUUCCACCAGUGGCCUCAGUCUAGAGGCUGUACUCAACAAGCUGCGCAGCUUCCUGGAGCUCCGGACUGCAGACGGGCCGCGCCAUGACACCUACUUGGUCUUCUAUAGCGGCCACACACACAAGGCCACUGGAUCCUGGGCUCUGGCCGGGAAUGAGAGUCUCCACCUCGCCCAACUCUUGGAUCUAUGGAAGGAGAAAAACGCUGGCCACUGUUCGCGCCUCAUUAUCGUGCUGGACACCGAACACUCACUCCCGUGGGUGAGGGACGUGCGGCGGGUGGACGGCGUGUACGUGGCGGUGCAGGGUGCAGAGCUGAUCCAGACCAGAGGCGACCCGGAGCUCGGCGACAUCCCCUGCCUCGGAGACUUCACAGCGGAGUGGGUGGACUUCAACUGCAACCCGGACUCCAACAGCCAGUGGUCAGACAAGGCCCGCACCGUCCCGGCCAUGUACGGAGUGUCCAAGCGCUGGAGCGACUACACCCUGCAUCUGCCAACGGGGAGCGACGUGGCCAAGCACUGGGAGACCCACUUUCCCAAGGCCACGUAUCCCAUGGUGCACUUGUCCAACUGGUGCUGCGGGCUGAAUCUGUUCUGGCUGUGCGGAGUGUGCCUGCGAUGCUUCCGGAGGUGUAAGCUGGCCUGGUUCCCGCCCGCCGUGCUAGACACCGGGUUAGGCAUCAAACUGGUGCAUUCAUAG